GUUCAAUGGCGGCCGCUCGCUGGGCCCUGGCGCUCGCCCGCGGGGCCGCCCCGGUGGCGCUGGGGCUGCUGCUCUGGGUGGCGGUGGCCGGGGGCGAGCAGGACCGCCUGGAAACCCUCAAGGCCCUUCCCGAGGCGAACCCGGAGGUUUUGGCGCAGCGGCGCCGCCACAACGAGCUGAUCAUGGCGGCGCUGCGCGAGGCGGCCCAGACCGAGGAGAACGUGGCGCGGCGGCCCGUGCCGUGGCAGAAGUGACGUCAGCACCGGGAGACCCUCCCCCACCUCCCGCUGAGCGGUGACCCCAGUGACUUUUGGCACCGCCCUGUCCCCUCACGGGGAGGCCUCACCGGGGCCGGGAGUGACGUCAGCAACGGGAGACCCCCCCCCCCCCGGUAACGAUUCCCGUAAAUCCCCUCCCC